UUUUUUUUUUACCUUUGUUGAUCAUUUUUGUGUAGACAUUGAAAUCAUCCAAUAUUGUUUCAAUGUCGUUUUUCAACUGGUUUUCAAAAUCUUCUUCAACCUCUUCUACACCCAAUGCUGACGAUAUUGUUAAAAAGGAUGUUUGUUAUCAUAUAGAAGGUUUUUUAGCAUGUUCUUACUUCCAUACUGCCACUGAGGCCGCCGAUCGACUUGCAGCCAAAUAUCCUAAUGUCAAGAUAGAUGUCAGUGCUUAUCCUCGACAGCAAUGGCCUGAACGAUCUUUGGAAUUACAAAAAGAAUUUGAUACAACACACCGAACUUCUCCUUUUAUCUAUGAAGGAUGUAGUGCAGGAAAUCAAAAGGUGGUAGGUGGCUAUACCGAUUUUGCCAAACUGAUUAAGACCAACUAUCAAAUGAUUGUGCCUAUGGAUUAAGAAACUUACAAUGGAGAUGUCGAUGUUGGUUUAGAAUAAUAGUAGACAUAGAAGAACAUUGUCAUUCCACAAUAUAUCUUAUAUUCUAUUUAGACUGUAGCGAUAGUAGAAGUAGUAAUAUUAUAGAUCCUCUCUUUUUUCUUAUUGUAUAUAUAUAUAUAUCAACUGUACAAAUAAUAAC